CCUAAGAAGGUUGUAGCACAAACUCCAGUGCAUUAUGAGAUGACAGUUCCAACACUAGGACAGGAUCAAGCUCAGCAUUCAAACUUGCCCAGUGUCACAGUUAAACCUUUGGACCAGGGGCUUCCCACAGCUCCAGAACCUACAACGGAGGGUGAACAUUCCACAGCCCUGCAGCAGACUGCAGUUCCUCCAACAUACCCUGAGGUGACAUUUCCAAAUCCAGAGCAAGUUCAGGCUCAGCAUCCAACCUUGACUGAUGUCACAUUUCAACCUUUGGGCCUUCAACUGACCAUAAGGCCAGAACCCACUAAGGAGGAUGAACCUUCUCCAACCAUGCAGGAGACCUUAACCCAGCCUCCAUAACCACCUAUGGAGGUUUUUGUAGCUCAGCCUCCAGUAUAUCAGAACGCAAUAGUUCCAGCACCAGAUCAGGAUCCCACUGAGCCUCCAACAUCACCCAGUGUCACAGUUCAGCCUUUAGACCAGGGGCUUACCACAACUCCAGAACCUACUAUGGAGGCUGAACAUUCCACACCCCUGCAGGAGACUAUAGUUCCUCCAACAUACUCUGAGGUGACACUUCCAAAUCCACAGCAAGUUCAGGCUCAGCAUCCAACCUUGACUGAGGUCACAGUUCAACCUUUGGACCUGGAACUUACGUUAACUCUGGAAUCCAGUAUGGAAGUUGAACGUUCUCCAACCAUGCAGCAGACCCAAGCUCAGCCUCCAGAGCUCAUUAAGGAAGUUGUAGCUCAAACUCCAGAACCCACUAUGGAGGCUGGACAUUCUUCAUCCCUACAGCAGACUACAGCUCCUCCUCCAAAACACCCUGAGGUGACACUUGCACCACCAAACCUGACUCAACUCACAGUUCCACCUGGGGACCUGGGAGUUAACAUAUCUCAGCAACCAAGGCCAUCCGAGACAAAGCAGCCAGAACAGAAUGCCACCACAAACAUCAGCAUAUGUGAGCUCUGUACCUGCGAAAAUGAGACGCUGUCGUGUGUUGGUCUCAGCCCCAAGCAGAAGCUCCACAGAGUGCCUGAGCCAGAGCCUAACGCCUACAAUGGCACCUUCACCAUCAUAAAUUUCCAAGGAAACCCUAUUUCUUACAUUGAUGAAAGUAUAUGGAAGGCAUACCGCUGGGCUGAAAAGCUAAUUCUCAGGGAAAAUUAUUUGACUGAAUUACAUAAGGACUCAUUUGAAGGCUUGCUAUCCCUCCGAUAUUUAGAUUUAUGCUGCAAUAAAAUACAGUCUAUCGAAAGACGUACAUUUGAACCACUACCUUUUUUGCAGUUUAUAAAUCUUGGUUGCAAUUUACUCACAGAACUGAGCUUUGGAACGUUUCAGGCCUGGCAUGGAAUGCAGUUUUUACACAAGUUAAUUCUCAAUCGUAAUCCUUUGACAGGAGUUGAAGAUUCUUAUCUUUUUAAAUUGCCAGCAUUAAAAUGUUUAGACAUGGGAACAACACAAGUGUCACUUACAACAAUUGAAAGCAUCCUCAUGAUGACCCUUGAAUUGGAAAAAUUGGUCUUACGUAGCCAUAUGGCCUGCUGCCUCUGCCAAUUUAAAAAUACUAUUGAGGUUGUCUGUAAGACAGUCACGCUGCAUUGUGACAGUGAAUGCCUGACAGACGUCACAGGUUGUGAUGAAGAAACAUCUCUAGGGAAUGCAGAAGGAUCGUUGAUGAAGGUGUUACAAGCGCGGAAGAAGAACAGCAGCCCCGAGCUGACUAUUGAGUCAGAGAGGGCAUCCUCAGAUAAAAGUGCUGUCAGCUUGUCAGGCUUCAUGAAUGAGCAACUUGAAAUUCCGCUAAACCAGCAGCUACGGUCCCUCAUCCCCACCAAUGAUAUGCGAAGGCUCAUUUCUCAUGUUAUCCAGACUUUCAAAAUAAACUGCUCGGAGACCCCCUUGCAGCUGGCCUGUGCCAAUCUCAUCACUGGAAGAGGCCUCCUGAUGAAGCUUCUCAUCAAGCAGCAAGAAGUAAAGGUGUCCAAAGCGGAAUGGGAUACGGACCACUGGAAAAGUGACAACUCUAUCAGUGAGAGCACAGAAGCCCAGAGUGAGCAGAAAGAGCAGGAGUCAAGUGAGCUCCCAAAAGAAGUUCCAGGAUAUGGCUGUAACAACAAACUCAUCUUGGCAAUAUCUGUAACUGUAGUAGUGACGAUUUUGGUUACAAUUCUCUGUCUCAUUGAGGGAAGUCAUCAAAGCCCCAGCAGAGAAGCUUCUGGCUGCAUAUUGGGUUGAUGAAGAGGCGGGUGAGGAAAGUGAGACAGCAC